UUUACUGCAUCUCCACUCCACUUCCUAGCUAGCUUCAGCUCCUACCAUGGCUUCUUCUUCUUCUUUUUGCCACAUUUUUUUGACCAUACUGGUGGCGCUGGGUGGCGCUGCCGUUGAUCAGGCGCAAGCCCAAGAUGCUGCGGGCGGCAGAAGAGAGAUGGUGCCGGCGAUGUUCAUAUUCGGAGACUCUCUCAUCGACAACGGCAACAACAACAACCUGCCUUCCUUAGCCAAGGCCAACUAUUACCCUUACGGCAUUGAUUUCCAGGGCGGCCCUACUGGCCGCUUCUCCAAUGGCUACACCAUGGUCGAUGAAAUUGCCGAGCUAUUGGGACUGCCCUUCAUUCCGGCCUACUCCGAAGCUUCCGGUGAACAGAUGCUUCACGGAAUCAACUACGCGUCGGCCGCCGCCGGAAUCCUGGACGUCACCGGAAGGAAUUUCGUGGGUCGAAUUCCAUUCAACCAACAGAUAAAGAACUUCGAGAACACACUGGACCAGAUAACCAACAACCUCGGCGCCGUCGAUGUCGCGCAGGCUCUCUCUCGCUGCAUAUUCUUUGUCGGAAUGGGCAGCAACGAUUACCUCAACAACUAUCUGAUGCCUAAUUACCCUACUCGCAAUCAAUACAAUGGCCAGCAGUAUGCUGAUCUCUUGGUUCAGGAAUACAGCCAACAACUUACGAGUCUGUACAAUCUUGGAGCCCGGAAAUUCGUGCUCGCGGGGCUCGGGCUGAUGGGCUGCAUCCCCAGCAUUCUGGCUCAGAGCGCGAGCGGUGGCUGCUCCGAGGAAGUGAACCAACUGGUGCAGCCUUUCAAUACCAACAUGAAAAUGAUGAUCAACAACCUUAGUGGGAAUCUCCCUGGUUCGCACUUCAUAUUCAUCGACGUUCGCAACAUGUUCCAAGACAUUCUUGCCAAUUACAGAUCCUAUGGAUUCAAUGUUAUAAACCGUGGUUGUUGUGGGAUUGGAAGAAACAGAGGUCAGAUUACAUGUUUGCCGUUCCAAACGCCGUGCCCAAACCGGGACCAGUAUGUGUUUUGGGACGCCUUCCAUCCUACGGAAGCAGUGAACAUUAUAAUGGGGAGGAAGGCUUUCAGUGGCGAUCAAACUGUAGUUUAUCCCAUGAAUAUACAGCAGCUUGCCAACCUUUGAUUCGUCCGACUCUUUGGUGAUAGCUAGAUCAUCUGAUGUGUCUGAUGCAUGGAGAACUGGAGGAUCUGAUUGAUGAUGAGAAGGGAAGAAUUAUAUAUGGUGAUGUCUGUCAUUUGCUGCGUGAUUAGAGAGAUUAAUCUUUGUUUCUACUUUACCUUCUUCAUGAGUUGUGGGUUCUUUUGUUUUGCCCUUUUAA